AUGAUGAUCGGACAGAGCUUCGCGGCUGCGAAUGGCGGUGCUCUAACCACCGAUUGUGUCAGUGUCACUACAGAAGGCUGCUGCGUCACUGCGACAGGGGUUCCAACAACCACCUCCAAUGGUGUAAACCCGGGUGGUGCAGCUCGAGUGAAGCAGCUUGAUUUGAAGCAAGAAGCGCGGGGGAAGUCGUCUGGGAGUCGCUAUAACGCGGGAGCAGCUGCCUUGAUCACAUCGACCCAUGCACCAAAGACGCCACAGCUGGCAACGGCCGUGGCGUCUCAGGGCCGUGGCAAUUCUUCUGCUGGGAGCUGCAAAGCCGCUGUCUCAAUGCAGCACUUGGCGUCUCAGAGCCAUGGCAGUGCCACUGCAGGCAGAUGCCAUGGCAGUGCCACUGCAGGCAGCAGCCAUGGCAGCUGCAAAGGUGUUGUCGUCUCAAAGCAGCACUUAGCGGCCCCUUCAUCUGCAGCUGCCCCUGCUCCCCCCCAUACAGGCACGCUUGCUCACGUGACACAAGAAGGCGCCAGUUUGAGGGGUCGCUGUACUGUACAGCAUCAGCAGCAGCAGCAGCAGCGGUGGCGGCAGCAGCAGCGGCAGAAGCAGAAGCAGCAGCAGCAGCAGCAGCAGCAGCAUCACCACCAGCGGAAGCAGCAGCAGCAGUUUGAGCAGAGCGGUCUUUCUCCCCAUCCGCCAGCCACACAUGGCCACUCCUCUGUGCACAGUGGGGGGCGUGGCGUUGCACACGGUGGGGGGAAAGCCGUGCACAGUGUGCCCCCGGCGCUCGAGGUGUGUAGCCGCCUGGAGAACAUCCAGUGCGGUGACCAGCCCGUACACGAGUACGCCAAGGAGUUUGAGAAAACUCUGUCGCUGCUGAAGACCGCUCUUCCUGAGAGCGAGGUCAUCCACCAGUUUUUCAAGGGACUCCCCGAGCACAUUAAGCGUGUGCACGUUGUUCGAGGGGAGCACCAGUGGAGGACCUAUAAGGAGUGCAAGGAGCAGGUCAUUGACACGGAUAUGAAUUUCCGUGCGUACAUGACUCACGCUCGUGCUCAGCAGCCGCCUAGUGCCAAAGGCCCUAGGGGGGGUGGUAGCAGGACCCCGGCGCCCAAGGGCCAUGGUUCUUGGAAGAGGCCUUAUCAGCAGAAGGGGGAACCCUCUGGGACUCAGUCCAAGAAGGCCCAUGCGGGGUCCGCCAAGGACCCUCAGGAUGCUGAUAAGCCCUCGGGGGGCUGCCACAUCUGUGGCAAGCUCGGCCACAAGGCCUACAACUGCCGUUGGAGGAGGACGGUCAAGAACUCCGGCAAGCCCAACCAGGGCAAGAAGCCGGAUGGUUCUGGUCCUUCGGGUCCUAAGGAUUUUCAGAAGACCAACUAG